UUGGGUUGUCAAUGUCCCCUUCUCAACAUUAGACGUGAAGGAGAAAGAAAGUACUAGAUAGAUUUACACAAGAAGAAGAAAUUAAAGUUGAUUUAAUUUUCCAUUUUUCAUCACAUUGUUUUGAGAUCUUCAUUAUUUUGAGAUCUUCAUUAUUAUCAAUAUAGCUCUACACUUUUUUACCUCGGUAAAAUUCUCUUCAUAUAUUCCUUAUCGUUAAUUGCCUUCUUUUAGCUGGGAAAUUUUGUGCCAAUUACACGUAAAAGAAUUAGGGUGAAAAGAGAAAAAACAGGUGAAUCUUCUUAACUUUGUUUGUUCAAUUGGUGAGAAAAGUUAAAUUCAAAUAAGUUAUUAUGUUAAGCAUGAGAUUUGGGGGUAAAUGUGUGUCUAUUUUAGUUUACUUGCUUUCCUAAUCGCCCAUCAGUAGUUGUUAUAUCAAUUCUUUUUUUGCUCGUUUAGAUGUUUAACGUGGACGUAAUCUCUGAUUGUGUGUGUAUGUGUAUGUUGAUAAUGAUUUCACAUAGGGUUCUGCUAGACGUGCCAAAAUUAGCCCAUCAAAACAUGACCCGCCGCCCAAUCCGUCCAAGUUUGGGCGGAUUAUUGACUUGCGCAUUUAUUAGCUCAACCCAUUUCAGCCUAUCAAAAGUUGGGCUGAUAUGUAGCCCAAAUAGACUCAUGAGAAAUCUUGUCAUAUGAAAAAUAGAGCCAUAAUUAAGAAAAAUAAUAAUUUCAUAAGGUACUAAAAUAUUAUGAAAGAACAAAUAAAGCAAUUAAAACUUAGUAAGAAUUGGGCGGGUUCGGUUAUGACCCGCAUUUUAGCCCAUUUCAGCCAAGUAACUUUUGGGCGGGGUCAAUUUAUUAUUUUACCUGCCCAAAUUCAGCCCAACCUACCCAUUUGACACCUCUAGUUUCCGCCAUGUAUGUUGCGCCAAGUAGUUGGGAUUAAGGUUCAAUCCUAUUGGCAUACUUACCUUAGGUCCUGUAUUUUCUAGUAGUAUUUUUAGUUUAUUUAGGGAUCCGUAUGUCAGGUGCAAGAAUAAGUAUGAGCUUUAGAGACCACUAGUUUCCAAGAGAUCAUAAUUUGUCUAGACAAAAUGUUACAUUUUCAAAAAACAAAAAAAAAAAAAUUUGUCUAGACAAAUUAUUGAAUAGUGGAAUGUAACACGGCCAAAUAUAACAGAAAGGGUACAUAUGAUUCAGGUCGUGGAUCCCAUCUAUUGGGGGGUUGAGGCUAAGUAGUCGUGGUUGUUGGUUUGACAUGGGGUUCCCAUGAUAAAGUCACUUAGUGAGGAGAGAUUGAUCCUGAAGUGUCUACAUAGAGGUAGCAAAGCUACAGUUUGACAAAAAACACUAGGUGAUUUCUUCCUAUUUGUUCUAGUCUUGGUGGACAGAGUUUCCUGGUAUCUGUUGUUGGUGGGAGGUGCCAGGUAUCCUGUGGAAUUAGUCGAGGUGCGCACAAUAUGGCCCGGAUACCACAGUUAUAACAAAAAUGUAGUUUGAGUUAUCCUGGUUGGAAUUUUUUGGCUGAUUAAUAGUUUCCAAAUCAGUGUUAUCAAAGGCGCGCUUAAGUCCUAAAGCGAGGCACAAAACAUGUUGAGCUCUUCGUCUCACUUCAUGGGCGCUUUAGUGUCGUCAUCAACAACGCUAUAAGACAUACUUUUCCUUGCAAUAAACCUAAUCCUGAAGAGGCAACACUAAACAAUUGAUUUUUCACUUUAUUGUAACAUGUUUUCAAUUUUCUUUGUCCAUAUAUUUGUUAUUUUUCAUUUUAAUUAUUAGUCUUGGACUACGCAUAUAUAUUUGUAUUUUUUUCCCUCUAUUUGUGUCUUUCUUCAUAAAAGCCCACGUUUAUUUGUGCUUUGCGCUUGAAGCCCCAAUGUACCUUACAACUUUUUUGCGCUUUUUGCGUUUGAUCACACUGUUCCAAAUGCAUUCCGAGAAGAGUUAAUGUUGCUGAAAGCCUUAUCGUCCUGCUACGUGUGGUGUUCACUUCUUCAAUGACAACUCCUUUGACAAGCUCUUCAAUCGAGGCAGGGCUUUGAUUUAUAUCCUUGAACUUGGAUGCCUAGAGCUACUUGUUUGUAGUGAUCUAGAGAUGCAAAUAUGUACUACACUUGUCUGACACGUAAUGUGCUCUUUCAAACAUGCAGCAAGUUUUUGCUUUGCUUACUGGUAAAGCCAGAGGAGAUUCACUUUCAAUCUAAUUCUCUAAAUGAAUCCACACUAUUUGCUGCUAAGUUGAACAAAAGCUUGUAAUAGGAUUCCUUAGAGAUCGAUCCGGAAUUUGUACCUGUCCACCAACAUGUCUUGACUACUUUGCUAACAUGACUCUAAUGAAAUACUGUAGCUAUAACUUCAUAACAAUAUUCAUUCCAAAGCUAUUGGAAUUUCUUCUGAAUCACAGGCCUCAAGUCAGGUCUAUACUUCUUUAUUCUACACAAAACAUCAUAACUAAAGAAAAGCAUAGCUUCCUGUUACAAAGUUAGGAAAUGUUUUUUUCCUUCCAUUUGAAGAAGGUGGGAUAUUAUGUAUUUCACUAUUCUUCUUUCCCUUGUUAUUGAUCUUUUAUUUUGAACCCUUUUCCUUAAAAUGAUAGCGUAUUUAUUAGUAAAUGCUUGGUACAUAUCACUGCAACCAGAUAGUUCAGACUUUGAUUUGUGGCGAACAUAAUAUUCUGAUGAAUUUUUGGAUUAACACAUGUUAUACACAUUUAAUCCUCUUUCCCUGAACAAUGAAGAAAAAAGAAAGAAUUGCCCAAAGAAGAUGGCAGUCUGUUUUGAGUGCUUUUGCAAAUUUAAGGCGAGCAUUCAUUCUGUCUAUCUAUUUUGAGUGCUUCUGCAUAGUUGAGGUGAGCAUACAAUCUUCUUCGAUCCUCUGUUGGUGAUAAACAUGCUCUUUCACCUUCUCUUCUUCCCCCUUUCAUUCACUCUUAGUAUCUUGAAAUAAAAUGUUCAUGGUCCAUUUGUUCCAUAUCCUGAUAUCCUCUUUAAUCACGUGAUGCAGAGGCACACGAGCUUUUCCUAGUAGUGUGUAACUUUUAUUCCAUAUAUUUCCUAUUCUCGUCUUAGUAUUAGGUUGGAAAAUUGACUUCUAUUGAUUGGUUUUUAGCAUAGAAGUUCUCAGAUUUUCCGGUUAGACUUUGCCUCGUGAUAUAAUGGGAUUUGUUUCUGGAUAGAUUUACUAUAGUAAAGUUAGCUUCUUUGUCCAUCUGACUGAUUAUUUGUUUACUUUUUUUUUUUUUCUGGUGCUUUAGAAUAAGCUACUUGUAAAUUCUCUAGCAUUGAUUUAAAUUGGUAAUUUUGUCUUCUUAUUUAUGGAUACAAUUGUUUCCUUUCUUUUUUUCAUACACGUUACCUUUAUCUCAUUCUUUAGCUGGGAUCUUCUGUGCUUUGCUAUGGCAAAUUCCAAGGGGGCAUCUAGCAUGAGAAAUAUGAUGUACAAUGGAAAGAGCUCUUUACUGCCUCCUAAAAGUCCGUUUCCUAGCAUAUCUCCUUCGUAUGUAGAUUAUGUCCCUAGUUCUACUGUCACCCAAAAGGACAUUUCAAAAUAUAGAGAUGGUUCACACCAUCAGCGUACUUCUUCUGAAAGCUGUCUUAUGGAGGAGCAACCAUCUUGGUUAGAUGAUCUUCUUAACGAGCCGGAAACUCCUGUGCGCAGAGGUGGCCAUCGACGUUCAUCUAGUGACUCCUUUACAUAUUUUGAUGCUGCUAACAUUGCAAACUUAGAUUACAUAGCUCAAGAUGAUAACAAAUUCAGAAAUUUAACUCAUGCCCCUUCCUGGGGAUCCCAAGACUUUGACUAUUACAAAAAUGCUCGGCAUGGCACAUUUCAUGUUGAUCAGAACUCCACAAACCGACAAAAAAGUAGUGCACGGGAUGCAUCUCCAAAUGCAAUACCACAUACCCGUGGCCUCUCCCCUUUUAGAGAAAAUGUCAAGACUCACAGCUUGGGACCGUCAUGUCCUCCACAAGAAGGAGAGAGGCCUAAAUCUGCAGGAAGUGACAAGCAGGAUUUAGUUGAAUCUGUCCCUCCUGAUCAAAAAGGAUCUGGUGAAAAAAAGGAUUCUUCUCACAGCAAGAGUUCUGCAUCAGAAACUGACACAAAACGUGCAAAGCAACAGUUUGCUCAACGGUCACGAGUUCGGAAGCUUCAAUACAUAUCUGAGCUUGAAAGAAAUGUACAAGUUCUGCAGGCUGAGGGUUGUGAAGUGUCCGCUGAGCUUGAAUUCCUUAACCAGCAGAAUCUUAUCCUCAGCAUGGAGAAUAAAGCCCUAAAGCAGCGCUUAGAAAAUUUAACUCAAGAACAGCUGAUAAAGUAUUUGGAGCAUGAAGUACUGGAAAAAGAAAGAGGAAGACUACGAGCAUUGUAUCAGCAACAGCAACUGCCACAGCCGCAGCAGAAACAGCAAUCAUCUUCUAGCCAUCGGCGCACCACUAGUAGGGAUCUCGAUCAACAAUUUGCAGACCUCUCUUUGAAACACAAAGAGGGCUCAGGCCAACUUCACAUGUGAUGACUGUGACUGUAGCUAGGACUUUAAUCGCAUCUUCUUAACUCACCCUCAGCUGAUUUUUCCUGGCAAAUUAUGAAGACGAUUUUUAUUGUGCAUGAUCAGAAAGAACUCUUGCUGUCCUUGUGCUCUCUCGACGGCUUUGCCUCUGGCGGUGAUUCUAAUAUCCGUCAUGGUAUGUAUCCUCAGCUUUAUUUGUUAAGCAUAGUGGUCUUUUUAUAUGCGCCUGGUGGUCAAUGCUAGGGAAUAGCAUUUGUGGCAGUUGACUCACCUGAGGUGAUUAAUUUCGGCAUGUAUUUUCCUUUGUAUGUUAAAGUUCAUCAGUUUCCCAUCAGCUUUCUCUGUCGUAAAAUUUCCCAGCUAUUUGUUCCAUCAUUUUUACCUUCUUGGGUACAUUUUCAUGAACAUUGACUUGUAAGCAUGAUACUGAAGCUCCAUCAGCUUAUUAUUUCCUUUCUUCUUUAGGCUAUGAAAGCAUUCUGUUUUCGCACU